ACUUUUCUAUUUGACUUCUCAAUAUUCACAUUGUUUUAAUUUCUUCUUGUUUUUCACUGAUUCUCUUUUUUUUUAAUUGUUUUUACAUUUUAAUUGAAUUUUAAUUUUAUUCUUUUGUUUAAUGUAAUCAACCUUUCGACUGGGUAACAGGUAUUUUCCUUUCCAUUUAUUGAUCUUAUUGAGUCAUGUCCAAUUACUCAACAAUUUCUUUUCCUUGGUGUUGAUGAAUUUGAAGAGAAAAUAUUUCAUCAUCUGAUUCAGCAGUUUGUGUUAUUUUUUAUUCCUUUUCUAUUUUGUCUUCCUUUUAAAUAUCAUUUUUUUUCCUCUUUCGAUUUUUUCUUCUUCUUCUUCGCGUAUCUGAUUAAGUUAUUGUUAUUAUUGAUUGUUUUCUAUUGGUCUUUCAACGAUUGGUGACUUGAGUUAUUUGGUUGUUUCUUGAUUGUCUCUGUCUCUCUUUUUUUCUUUGGUUGGUAACAAAAUGGAAGAGGAUAAAAGGUUUGAUUAUGGUGCUUCUUACUCAUUUGAUCGACCACCGCCCUAUGAUUAUAAUCCUAAUACCUAUGGAGCUGGACCAUCUUCUUUUACCUACAAUUCAGUGACUAAUCAGGAUCCAAUGAAACCUUCAGCUCCAAUUCAGUCUCAAUCACUAACUGGAUCGAUUCAACCAACACCAGCUGUUAAUAAUGUCCAAAUCCAUAUAAGUGAUAAAUUUGGACCUUACUCUCAAAAUGCUAUUUGUCCUCAUUGUAAUCAAUAUAUUAUCACUAAGGCUGAACCAGUUUCUGGAGCGUUAACUUGGUUUACUUGUCUUGGUUUAAUUUUAAUCGGAUGUUUCAUCUGUUGCUGUUUAAUUCCGUUUUGUUGUAAUUCCUGUCGAAAUGUUGAUCAUAAAUGUCCAAAUUGUAAACGUAAAAUUGGACAUUAUACAAGAAUGUGCUGAGAAUCUUACCAAUAAGAUUAUGAUCGAAGUGAAUGUGAUUACGUCAAUAUAUUAGUUCUUCGACCAUUUCAUCAAAUUAACGAAACGGACAAUCAACUGGUAAAUCUCAAAUCUAUUCGACCGUUAAAUUUACUCUCCCAGCCUUGCGAAAAGUGAGAAAAAUUCAUCCAGUCCUGAAAUUGCAAUCUAAUUUCAAUAUUUUAAUACCAAACAUUUUAAUUGAUUGGAAUUGACGUGAGAAAAGAUCUUAAAAUCUAAAAUGAAUCUCUUAUACAAAAUUUUACUCUCUAUGUGUAACAAAAGACAAUUUUUCGAGAAAAAUUAAAUUGAUUUACUCUGUUCAUCAAUAAACCAAAUCGAGAAAAUAAUCAAGUAUUGAUUACCUUGAUUCAAAUUAAAAAUGAA